UAACCCCGGCGUCUCCUCGGCGUCAUCUCCGGCUGGCGACGGAUACGGCGCGGGAUACUCCCAAUCGGGCGGUAUCUCCGCCGACGAGGCCGCCGCGAUGGAGGUGGAGAGGUACCAGCUCGUCGCCGAGCUGCAGGCCAAGUCUCGGAAGCUCGAGGAGGCCAAGGCGGAGGCUGAUAGGCUCCGCGGCGUUGGGGACGACGCCGCCGCGAGGGCGAACAAAGCCGAGCAGGAGAGGGACCUCGCCGUCGCGAAGAUCGAGUCGCUCGCGUCCGAGCUCGAGGCGACGCGGGAGUCGCAGCGGCGUGCGGCUGCGGACGCCGGUGACGUCGCCGAGGCACUCGCCGGUGAGCGAAAGAAGCUCGCCGCCGCGGAGACCCGCGCGGCGGAGGCGGAGCGUGAGCUCGCGUCUGCGCUCGCCGCGCUCGCCGACGCCGCUUCACCGGUCGGACAACACCGGUCGGACGCGGGGGAUGCGGGGGUCGACCGUCGUCCGUCGACCGUCCAAGAGGCCGUCGCCGCCGUGCGUCGCGAUGCGGACGCGAGGAUCGCCGCCGCGGAGGAGGUGGCCUCGACGGCGGCGGCUGCGCUCAAGGCUGAGCGGUUGGAGCGGGGGGGCGCCGAGGAGGCGCUUCGGUCCAAGAUUCGAACCAUGGACGCGGCGCAGGACAGGCUCCUGGCCGAGAUCGACGCCGCGACGGGUGAACUGGAGCGGCUCGACGCGGAGCUCGACGCGACGGAGGAGAGGGCGAGGGCCGCGGAGGAGAGGGAGAGGGAGGCGCUGGGUGGCGUCGCGGCGGCGGCGAUGAAGACGGAUCGGCUCAUGGAGAUGCUGACGGAGCAGGAGGAGUGGGAGAGGGAGGCGGCCGAGGCAGCGGCGGCGGCGGCGCGGGAAGGGGCCGCGAACGGCGCGGGAGUGUCCGCAUCGGCUCCGGCCACGCCCGCCAAGGAUUCCGGGGUCCAGGACGGGGACGAGGACUCGACGCCGGGGGCGGCGAGAACCGUUCCGGCUACGCCCGCGCAGGGCCACCAGGGCGCGGGCCGGGCAUCCACCGCGUCAGUGAAGCUCGCGGCGGACAUUUUGCAGGGAAGCGACCUGGGGCGCGCGUACCACCCGCUGCUGGCGUCCAUCGAGGCGCGGUUGCUGCACCUGCAGAGCGAGAAACUGGACGUACCCCUCGCGGAUGUGCCGGUGUCGUGACGAACCGGAACAGAGCCCUCUCCUCGUUUGUAGAGAAAUCGUAACAUCUAUCG